AUGUCAAAGCUUUUUUGCGUUAAUGUGAAUAUUGUUUGUGCGUAUGUUCUAGACAAACCAGCCGCAGAUAGACCCAGUAUGGCGCACACGGCUCUGCGAGAGCUUGUUGAACGUGCGGUCGACGAGGCCCGCAAACUACCGGGACUUGGAGAUACAGUAUCUACGAGAACUCAGCAAAGCACCAGUACUACUGUCGCCGAGCAAGACUACGAGGAUCUACUUGCUGCUGCCAUAUUAAAUAAAGUAAUUGAAAAGUACCAAAAAAAUGCAGAUGGGAAUGUUAAUAAUUCGACAAGAAAAUUUUUAAAAAAUAAAAAUAAAAUGAUGUUAGACAAAGAAUUAGGAGACGAAUUUGCAAAUUCUCCAGAAAACAAACUAAGAAGAAGGAUUUGUUCUGACCCAUUAUCACUUACGAUUGAAGAACAAAUUGAAGAGAUAACAACUACCUAUGCAUCCGAUGAAGAGCCUGAGUGCAUCAAGAAUAGCGUUCUUAACUUUAGCAACGCUAAACAGUCGUGGGAAGAAAAUUGGCUGUUUCAAAAGAAGAAAAUCGCGAUAAAGUCAGAACCCGUGGCCAUGUUAGUGCCAAACCCGAGCGCUGAAUACCGAGCUUUAAUAGGCGAUAAAGACGCCGAGGACACGUCAGACUUGUCCGAAUUUUCCGCGCAAUCCGAUGACGAAAUCGACGAGGAUUUGAUCCAGGUCAUUAAUCACGUGAGACCUGAAAAAUCCAGUGAUACCAAAGACUCAGAGAAGGAAACUCUCGCGACUGUUACUGCUCACUUGGACGGCCAAGAUGGCCAAGAUGGCCACCCGCCUAAAAGCGACAAAAUGGAGCCUCCUUGUAACGCUCUCAAGGAAACUAUUGCGAGCAAUAACAAGGAUAGUGAAAAUUUAGUUGGAGAUGAAGUUAUUGAGGAAUGUGUAAUUACAAAUGGCCAUUUGGAGGAAGAUAUUGAGGAAAAUUACGGAGUAAAAAAUUGUUUAGAUGAAUUAGUAGCACAAGUGCCAAAAACGCCGACUUCUACGCCGGCUAGAAAUUCGCUUUGUGAAUAUGAAGUCACGGAGAUAAAUAAAAAUUUUUGUGAUUUUGAUAAAUUAAAUGCUAAACUUGAGUCUAUUGAUAUUGAUGAUGAUGAUGAUGAUGAUGAUGAUGAUGAUGAUGAUGAUGAUGAUUAUGAUUCGUUAAUUAUUGAAAAUAAUAAUGAAGAUAAUAAUUCGGUGGAAAAUGAAAUUGAAAUAUUAGAAAUUGAAGAAAAUACUGAAGGAAAAUGUCGCGAAGCAGCGGCCAAGAGCGAGUCCAAGGUAUCAGGAACGAAAUCAUUGGAGCGGAGCGAAGAAGUUCAAGAAACUGACCUUGAGCUGUCGGCUCCACCGCGACCAGGCGACUAUUUAUUUGCAGGCACGAUCGCGGAGCGUGAGCACAAGAAGUGGGAAAACGCGGCGCCUAUUGAGAAUAAUCCUUACAGUCCUGAGAAUAUUAACAAGCGGCUCUUGGAGCGCCAGUAUGCCACUAGAUCAUCUGACGUCACUGGAAAUUCUAAUGUAUUACCAACUAGUCAAAGUCCUCCUCUACAAAUUCUUUUUGGUAAUAAUCGACCUGAUAUUAAGAGAUUUGGCCGCGAUUAUUACAUAAACGAAUCAAAAUCUCCGCGAGGUGAUAAAUUCCACCGUCCAGGAACAUCAAAUUCAAGCCGACCAAGCAGCUCACUGUCUCAUCAUUCGAGUUCAAUCGGGAGCGAUUUCGAACAGCAGGUGAGUGACGGACUAGAAAAAUUAGAAGAAUCUUCUCUUCGCCGUGAUCUACACAGACGAACCUACCGCGGUAGCAAUAUCAGUUCACAUUUCGUAACCAACCCUCUAAUUUACAUGGAUCAAUCUCAAUCAAAUCCAAAUCUCUCUACUAAAAUCACUACAGACACCUCCACUUUAACAAACGACAGUUUCCCUAAAUUCGACGACAAUUGGCCUCACAAGUCAGACCAAGCGCUCUUUUCCGAGCACCCAGCCUCCGACUUAGUGACUACAAACCCGAUCUACGAAGACGAGGUCACGAUAAGAAGAUCCGGAGGGUUCGCGGGGGACCGGGACUCAGGAAUGUAUUCAAUAGAGUCCAACGACAACGACUACUCAAACGACUGCGAUUCAUCGCUGAUCUCGAUCGACGAGGAGCUGGACGAUGUCCUGAAGCUUGACUGGGACUCCAGCAGGUCGGACGAGCCCUCCUUCUCGGACGGGCGGAAAUACUGGAUCCUGAACUCCCACAAAUUCCACACUUUCGGUGGGAUCAAGCGCCGGCAAGCCAAAGGCGAGUACAACAACCUCGAAGCCAAAAACUACAUCCUCUGCGACGAUGAGGUCGUCGAUUUCUCGACCCUCAAGUACCAGACCUUCGGCGGGAUCAAACACAAGCUCGAUUUCCAGGAGAUUAAUAUUUCCAAGCCGCCCAGGGUUCGUUCCUCGAUAAAGUCGAUCGAGUCAAAAUUCUCGCCUCUCAGCGAAGAAAUAAAUCGGGAAUCUAAUUCUGAAGAUUCCGACUCUGAUUCGGACGAUAAGUUCAUUCUAGCGCACCCUUUGGAGGCUUCUACCCUCGAGGGAGACAAUCUGAGACUCGAGCCCCCGCUGGUGCCGAAAGAAGUCUUCGAGCCGAUCGAAGCGACGUCCAAGCUGAUAGCUUCCCAGAAUAAUUUAGACCGCGAGCGCAAGAACAGCAAAAAUGAAAUAAACGCAAAAUUAAAUAACCAGAGCACGAACAAUCCCGAUUGCAAAAAUUCUUUUGAUGAAGACAACAAGCGCAAGAUCAGGCGGAUUGACUUGAGGGCCUACGGGUUUGAGAACGAGUUCCACGUGAACAAGGAUAACAAUAACAAGGACCUGGAAAAUCGGCGGGUUCCUAACAAACUUGACCUCAGGUCUUUUGGGUACGACUCUGGGCUGAGAAGGACGCAGAGCAACAAUAAUUUGGACAGCAAAGUCAAUAACAGUUUUGUCAAUCUUAAGACCAACGGCGAUGAUGAUAAUAAUAAUAAUAAUAACAAUAAUAAUAAUAAUAAUAAUAAUAAUGAAGAGUUGAAGAAAAGCAACUUGAUUGAAGGCUACUGGAAUAAAAGCACAGAAGUCUUGAAUAAAGAAAAACUGAUAGUCUUUGAGAAGUUCAACCGCAUGUCCUCCGCGAAAUCGGUCCCGAAUAUCACGAAGACGGACAAUUAUUACGCGAUUGCGUCUUCUUCGGCGAGCGAUGAGGACGAGAAGCACUUUGUCGAGCGGCUAACGAUGGACAAUGAUGAAAUUAAAAGGUAUGAUAGUUCGAUUAAGGAUCAUCACCGGAUCAUCAAGCUGAUUGAUAGAGAAGCUGAAAAUUCGGGCGACUUUAAUAGUUAUGAGACGGACUCCCAGAGUUCUAAGACUGAGUCCUCCGAAGAGCUGCCCAGGAGGUUUUCCACGAUCAAGGAUAUUAAAUAUUCCCUCGAGUCGCUUGAUGGAGGUGAUAAGUUUGUUGAUAAGGAACUUCCCAUGCCUUCGGUUAAGAAGUUAGCACAGGCUUUUAAUCAUACAUCUGAAAAUACUAAGACUCCAAGAAUAAUAAAAAACGUGGUAAAAGACAGACCGACGACUCCAGAAAUCCAAAUAGUAAAAACACCAAGGCAGAUGCACAGUCUGACAGCGAGGUCGCUGUCCAAAGAAUUCCGCGAGGGUCUAAGACAAAUUUCAGUGAAACCGCAAGUACAGAGUUUGAUUAUAGAAGCUACAGAAAAAAAUUCGACGAAUUUAGACAAGUCUAUUGACAUUGACGUUAUUGCGCCGGGAAAAAUAAAAAAUGAGCUCGAGUUUUGGGAGCAGCUUCAGAAGCAAAAUUAA